AUGGACAGCAAGAAGAGACACCUCAAACUCAUCGUCAUCGUGGCAUCGGUGAUACCCAUUGUUAUCUACUUCAUUGCUAGCAAGCUGUUAAUGUAUAGGCACACUCCUGCUCACAAGAAGCCUCCAGCAUCAUCAGCAGAGCAGCACUGGGAGGAUCCUGGACCAUAUCAUGUGGCCUACCAACGAAACUACAGAUUCAUCAUGGAUGACACGCCAACGUGUAGGACCACGACUCCUUUCCUCAUUCUGGUGGUUCCUGUUGCACCCAGUGAUGUGGAGAAACGGAAUAUCAUCCGGCAGGCAUGGGGAAAUGAGAAACUGGUUCUGGGUCAGCAGGUAGAGACUGUUUUCAUAGUGGGCCUACCCGGGGGAGAAGAGGCUAGACAGCAGCAAGAGAAACUACAGCAGGAGAAUCAGCAGCACCAUGACCUGAUUCAGAACAACUUUCUAGACAGCUACCACAAUCUGACCAUCAAGACUAUGGUCAUGCUGGAGUGGCUGGCUGCACACUGUGGUGAGGCUUCCUUUGUCAUGAAGAUUGACUCAGAUGUGUUUCUCCAUGUCCCAAAUCUGGUCAAACUGUUGCUGGAUCCUAGUACAGCUAAUCAAAACUAUAUCACAGGGCUGGUUUGGUGGCAUGGCCCUGUUUUAAGAAACCCAUUCAUAAAGUUCUACAUGCCAAGGUCUGUGAUUGCUGAAUCAGAGUACCCCCCAUAUCCUCUGGGCCUAGCCUACGUCAUGUCACUCGAUCUUCCAGGGAAGAUCUUGGGAGUCUCACCUCAGGUCAAACCGAUCUACAUUGAAGAUGCCUAUUUGGGCAUGUGCCUGAAACGCCUGGGCAUAUCUCCUACUGACCCCCCUGAAAGAACUAUGUUUCUCGUCAAUCCCACACAUCCUCUGAGCAGCUGCAGUCUUUCGAAGGUGAUAGCUUCAACAACAACAGGAAUCUCACAGAUGAAGAGCUACUGGGAGAGGGUCAGACAGGGAGUUCACUGCUGAACUUUAUCAAGUU